UUUUCUAUCUUCAUGUUUUGAGCUCAAUUUCACCAAAGCUAAUUUUGCCUUUGUAAUAGUUUUGUAUGUUAACUAAAAUUGUUGCGUAUUCAAUUCGUAAUUUCCAGUCAUAACAAGGCUAUGCAAUUUGUUUCUUUAUGAGGUAACCAGUUUAUAACCGAUGCUGUGUUAUAGAUGCAUUGGUGAUUGGUAUAAAUGACAAGAAUUAGUUAAUAGUUAAAAUUACUUUUAUUUACUGUUACUGUAUAGAACAACUGCUUUGAUUUGUUGUUGCAUAAAGAUUUAGCAGAAGUUCUGUUUUUAUUUGGGUAGGUUGCCAUGGUCAUUUGUAGGGUACUGCUAUGAAGCUGAAGGUAAGAGGAGAGAGAGGGAGAGAGAGAAUUUACCUCUCUGGGUUGUCAAGUAGAGAUAGUGAGAAAUGCAUGUUACCUUGGUAACAGCCAUGAGUAAAGUGAGUAAGACACAUCUCUCUCUCUCUGACGGUGAUGAGGAAAUAAGAAAUUAAAAUGGUUAUGAAUUGGAGCAGCUUCAACUUCCAAAAUUCUAAAUGUUGAUAGAAUAGACUGAAUGUUAUCUGUGAUAUCCUUUCAAAAUAUCUUUUGGCAUCACAAGCUUGCAACCUCAACAUUUGCAAAGUUAUUAUAUACUUCAAAUUCUGUUUGUGAAUGUCCAGUAUUUAAAGCAUUAAGAUUGCGUAACAGCUGUGAUAAGCAUACCAUGGCAAAAAGUCGGUUUGAAUAUGUUCGUGAUUUUGAGUUGGAUGACAGAUGUUUGCCCAACUGCUGGUUAGUUGUUCGUAUUGAUGGCCAUUCCUUCCACAGAUUUUCAGAGAUUCAUCAUUUUGCAAAACCAAAUGACGAUCGGGCAUUACAACUGAUGACCUAUUCUGCCCAGUCAGUUAUGGAUGAAUACAAAGAUAUCAUUUUAUGUUAUGGACAGAGUGAUGAAUAUAGCUUUGUUUUCAAGAAAAACACAAAACUUUUCUGCCGGCGUGCCAGCAAGCUUAUGACUAAUGUUGUCAGUUUGUUCACAUCGACAUUUGUGUUCACAUGGUCUCGAUACUUCAGCACUCAAGAUCUUAAAUACCCACCUUCUUUUGAUGCCCGAACUAUAUGUUACCCAUCUGACCAAAAUUUGAAAGACUAUCUCAGCUGGCGGCAAGCUGACUGUCAUAUUAAUAAUCUUUACAACACCUGUUUCUGGAAACUUGUCCAGGAAAAGAGUCUCUCACCAGCUGAAUCUCAAGCAAGAUUAAAAGGAACUCUUUCAAGUGACAAGAAUGAGAUGUUAUUCACAGAGUUUAAUAUAAAUUACAACAACCUUCCUGAAAUAUAUAGAAAAGGUACAAUUCUCAUCCGGCAGAAGAAAAAUGAAGAAUCAGAAACUUUUACCAGUAUCACAUCAUCUAAUACACAACCAAAGAAAUGCCUACCAAGGAUUUUAACUCUUAAUGUUGAUAUGAUUGCCAAUAAGUUCUGGACUGAAUAUUCUUAUCUUCUUGAAAGAUAAUAUUUCUUGUUUUUUAUAUAUAAAUAAUUCUUAAAAAUUAAUGGUAGUGACUUACAAUUGCCAACGAUUUAUUUUCUUUUCAAAAUAAAGAAUAUUUCCAUUUCA